UCAAAGCAAAAAAAACAUUUAAUAAAAGUAUCUUUAAGAAAUAAGCCGAUUAUUGUCGAAGAUUCUCUAUUUGAAGAGGAUUUGUCAUCUGAGGAGGGUUCUUCAUUCGAUAAAAAUUCUGAAAUAUCUUCUGAUGAUGAGAUUAUUAUCCAAACUCAAAAAAGACGCAAAGCAGCCGCAAAGAAAAUGGCUAUACAAAAUGGCAAUACUAUUACGCAAUUUUUUCUUCCUGUACAAAAUGAACCUGAUACACAAACAGAUGAUACUCAUUCAAAUGAAUUGGAAGGUCAUGAUGAUAUCAAUUCAUCAUCCACGGGGUCAGAAAUAGAGAGUGAUAAUGAAAUUGAAUUAAUAAAGUUAAUUCCUUUUAUAGAAAAAAAACUUCAAGAUGAAAUUCUAUUACCUUAA